UGGUAUUUGCACGAGUAGCUUGAGGUGGCACGCAAAUAAUAUCUUCAGACUGUUCUUGACUUCCUUUUUGAUGUAAAUCUGGCCCAUAUCUAGUAGCAGCAGCUUGUUGGUGGAUAUCGAGGAAGAGAAGAUGUCCGAGCACUCUACGCGAGCAAAGGAGAAGCAGACGGUGGAGGUACCCGCGGCCAUGAGAGCUGAGGAGAAGGGUAAUUGUAGCAGCUUGGUGUUCGAGAUGGAGAAUAUGUAUGUGGACACCGACCUGCACUCGGUGGAGAUCGCGCAUUGGAAGAAGACUUCCAUUUACCGGGUACCGGAGUGGGUCAAGCGGAUAACUAACGUCGAGGCCUACCGGCCGUGGGCGGUGUCGUUGGGCCCCUUCCACCACGACGAUCCCGACUUGCUGCCCAUGGAGGAGCACAAGCUCCGGGCAGUGCAUCACAUGGUUAAGCGGUCCGGCAAGCAGCUCCGAGAGUUUGUUGCCGCCAUCGAAGCGGUGGCGGAUGAGCUACAGGAGGCCUAUGAUAACCUAGACUACCAAUGGCGUGGAUUGAAUAAAUGUCGCUUCGUGGAGAUGAUGGUCACUGACGGGUGCUUCUUGCUAGAGCUUAAGAGGAUGGCUGAAAUUAGAUCAAGAGGGGAAAUAGACGAGGAUUACGCGGUAAACGACCCUGUCUUCAGUGAUCGCAGCUUACAUUAUCUAAGGUCGAUGUUCCAGAAUGAUAUUAUAAUGAUGGAAAAUCAGCUGCCUCUACUGGUUCUGCAGACGCUCUUGGGAGUUCAGGAUGGCGCAUCUCCGUCACAGAGCGCAGAACAGGUAAACAAUAUGGUGGCGUUUCUACUGGACUGCGAGCUUGAGGAAGGCAACGACAGCCUAGGCCUCCACCCGUUGCACAUUUUUCACAGAAGCUUCUGUGGCCCCUCGCAUCUAGACUACGAAGGUUCCGGCAAGUGCGAUAGUACUAUGCCCUCCGCUGUGGAGCUCAGCAAAGCAGGGAUCCAUUUCAAGAAGAGCAGCACUGAAAGCAUCCGCGAUGUAGACUUCAAAGACGGCAUCUUGUUCACGCCGUUAAUCGAGGUCCACGACUAUACUGAGAAAAUCUUCCUCAACCUGAUGGCGUUUGAGCGGCUACAUCGUGAUGUUGGGAACGAUGUGACAAACUUCAUAUACCUCAUGGGCGACAUCAUUAACACGGGAGCAGAUGUGAUGAUACUGAGAUCCAAGGGGGUCAUGGAACAAUUGCUCGGCAGCGACGAGGAGGUGGCGAAAUUGUUCAACAGCAUGAGCAAAGGAGCAACCAUGAGCCCGUUUAGCAAGCUGAACGACGUGCAACGGAAGGUGAAUGACCACUGCAGGAAGCCCUGGAACAAGUGGCGUGCCAGCUUCGUGCAGACCUACCUAAGCAACCCCUGGGUGUUCAUCUCCCUCCUGGCUGGCGUCAUCCUACUCAUCACCACUUUGCUGCAGACUGUCUACACUGUAGCGCCGUACUAUACCAAGAGAUGGCAAACUCCUAAUUGA